AAGAGAAAAGUGGAACCGAGCCACGGACCUCCAGCCAGAGAACGACGACAUGUACCAGCUCCCCGCCACAUUGUUUAACCUCGUUCUGCAGAGACAUGAGGGGGAGACCAGGGAAGGACGGUGUCAUGGCAACGGUGUCGCUUGUUUUGAAGGAGGCCACAUGUACAAGGGCAUGUUUGCCAAGGGACUCAUGGAUGGACCUGGUGUCUUCCUAUGGGCAGGAGGAUUCAAAUAUGAGGGGGAAUUUGUGUGCAACAAGCCCAUGGGUCAGGGGACCUACACUUGGCCAGAUGGCGGCUCUUAUAAAGGAGAGGUCUAUGACGGUGUGCGACAUGGGACAGGAACUUAUGAAUGUGCCAAAUCUGCAGUGACAUACACCGGGCAGUGGGAUCAGGGCAAGAGGCACGGAAAGGGUGAAGUGUUUUAUGACCAGAGUAAGACCUCUUGGUACAUGGGAGACUGGGUGAGGAACAGCAGAGAGGGAUUUGGAGUGAGAUGCUACCCCUCUGGUGACAUUUACUCUGGUGAGUGGAGGAACAACCUGAGGCACGGACAGGGCACGAUGAGGUGGCUGCAGCUGGGGCAGGAGUAUACUGGGAUGUGGCAGGAUGGGGUCCAGCAAGGACGAGGAACACAUAUCUGGAUGCUGAGGCGAACGGAUGGAUCCCAGUAUGCCCAGAAUAAUCGAUACACGGGGGAUUUCGUUCAGGGUCAGAGGCACGGACGGGGAACGUUUUUCUACGCUGGUGGUGCAUUCUAUGAAGGGGAAAUGAGGAACGAUAAAAAACACGGGAAGGGGAAAUUCACUUCUAAGGACGGACAUGUUUUUGAAGGAGAAUUUGUGGACGAUCAGAUGAUUACAAACGAGUUGAAAGGUGCACUUCCUCCAACAGGUAAUGAUCCAUCUGUGCUGGUAGCAGAAAUGGCCCUGAACAUUGACAGUCUUCUGAAUGACAUCCCAGAGAAAAAGCGUGACACUGAACGCAUGCAGGUGGAGUUCGUGGUGCUGAGGCAGGACGCGGAGCUGCGGUCCAUCUACAGUUUCUACCGCAGCCUUGGUCAGAGCAGCUCCCCGGACGAGAGCUUCCUGCUGUGCCGCCUGCAGCUCUGGCGCCUGCUCAAAGACUGUAACAUCCACCAUCAUGGCAUCAGUCUGACAGAGAUAGACAAUUUAAUGAAAGAGGAUUCCCCCACACAGAUCCACUCUCCUUAUACCCCCAUGUCGCUUACUAGGCUCCUCAGCUGUCUAGUGCUCGUGGCCCACCACAUCUACAGUAAAGACAUGGAGUCACAAAAAUACCUUCUGGCUUCCUGCUUCUCCAAGCUGAUGACGGACGACAUCCUUCCCAAUGCCAAGAAUGUUAAAGGCUUGCUGUUUGGACGACCACACCUUUCAGCUGCGGCUCUGAACUACACAAGUAGGUGCUGGGACGUCUAUCAGGCUCACUGCAGGGUCCAGGCCCCCCCCAGAGUGGACCAGACCAUGACCUGCAGACACCUGCUGUGGAUGUUCAAGGAUCUUGGUCUGUUGGGAAUUCACCUGACCCCAGUGAGGUUACUGGAUAUCAUCAUGGCAGAGAGCCAAAAUCCCAGCUGCCUGUCAUCCUACCUGAAUCUGGAGCACGAGAUCACAUUCCUGGAGUUUUUUGAAGUACUUCUGAGCAUCGCUGACAUCAAGUGUCUGUGGUUUUCUGAAAAACCCCCAGAGGAGAGCAGCCCCCCGUUCAUUGCAGCUGAAGAGACCAGUGAUCUUCCUGAGGCGGAAGACAGCGAGAAAAUCGGACCUACAAGCAGCUCUGCACACUCGAAAGAAGAUUCCAUCGAAGCAGCAGAAUCAUCUCCUGCUCAGGACGUCAUUGAGAGUCAACAGGAUGUCAAGACCAAAGUCUGUGAAGAACCUCAGUCUCCAGUUCACAGAGAAGAUGAGAUGGAGACCAACGACCAGACGAUUCAUCAGUUCUUCCAACAGUUUUUCUUCCCUGCAUUUGACCAUUACCAGUUAGAGACUAAACUCAUGGAGGAAGAGAAACUCUAUAGCUAAAGGCCGGCGCUGUUUCUGCGUUUUCAGGGACGCCCAGGAGCCCUUUGUGUGUUUGCGUACCCCUUCUUGAAUGCGUCUCCCAAUUUUUCCAACUUUAUGACAAAGCAUCGCAAGCCUCACUCAGCCCGCAAGGCUGUGAUUGGUCUAACUACAUUCUUUCCGGAUUCACAUUUCCGGUUCAUGCCCCAUACUGGCAGAAACCAUGAGAGAUAUAGAAGAAUGAAUGUGGACCAAAUAGAAGACAGUUGGCAGAAGAGAUAAACAGUUGAUUACGACUGCCACACACAAAGAGGGCGUCUCUGAGGUCUUCCAAGUGUUCUGGCGGUGAAUUGAUUUGCAACACGCGCAGCCCUUGGAGAACAAUAAAUUAAAACGAGUCCGUCGACACAGCUGCAUGAAAAGCCGCAAAGGAAGUUGCAGAAGCAUGCACCCGGCUUUUAGGCCUAAUGAGACAGGUGGUCUAGAUUUGUGUUUGCUGGGUCACUCAACAUUUCGAAGUCAAAGGCUUGAUAACAUUGGUUUAUAUUCAUCAUUACAGUGGUUGUCAAAAGAUGACUCUUCUAUAUUCAUGAACAAUGUGAAAAUAUAAGAUGUUUUCACUGUGUGCAUUAAACAUUUUCUGAUUUCAAAAUAUAAAUUUGACUCAAGUUAUUAAUGGCAAUGCUGGGAUUAUCUUUACAUUUUGAAUCCACAUUAUCAUUGAAAAAUUCACAAUGCAGAAUGAGUACAGCCACCAGAUGGCAUCUUUCACCUUUUAGACCACUUUAAUCUCUGCUUCCUGGAUAAUUAAGAGGAUACAACCAAAC